AUGUGGUCUCGGGGGCUUCGCCGACUGCACUGUCUCCGCCUGUUGUGCUUCCUGAUGUUCUAUGAAGGUGGUCGGUCCCAGCCCAUCCUGUCCCUGAAGCAGGAAGGUGACAUCUUUGAGGGCGACUCGGUGACCUUUGACUGCCAGGCGGGUGAUCCUGAUGCCUGGCAGUACUUGUGGUUAAGAGACGGUACGAAUCUUCAUGAGAGUUGGGACAACAGCAGCACUCAAAUGAUAAAGAGAGUCACCCUCGCCGACAGAGGGUCGUAUCGAUGUUACAUAAAGAGGAAAGCUGACCCAAUUGAAGAAUUAUACAGCAACACGAUUGAACUGCAAGUGUCCGAGCGACCAGCGGCCGAGAUCACAUCAGUGCGGGGCUGGAGUGACGUAUUCAAAAACGAGAGACUCGUCCUGCAGUGUACCGGUGACAAGAAGUACAACGACUGGAGCUACCGGUGGUACAAGAAUGGCGAGGAGCUUCAAGAAGGACAUGGGAACGGGACGGCAAAAGGCAACACGUGGAGCAUUGACCUGAUUAACGAGUCACAUGGUGGGACGUAUGUCUGCAGAGGUGAAAGGUCAAGGAGGCCAACGUACACCCAGAGGAGCAAACCGUUCAACGUGACAGUGAGAGAUCGACCAAUGCUUUUCCUCACGAUGAGACCUGCAUGGCAGACGGUCUACUAUGGAGAGAUGGUGACCCUCAGCUGCCAGAUGAUUGCACAUAUUCCUGGACUGCAGUAUCAAUGGUAUAAAGAUGGUGACAGAUUGCAGGCACCUUACCCCAUUGGGCACAGAGUGGAGAGCCACAUCUACUCCAUUAGCUCCGUCGCUCGGUCUGAUCAGGGCGAAUACAAGUGCCAGGCCUACAGCGGAAGACCAUCUGUUCAGUUGUACGCCAGCGAUCCUCUUAUGUUAAAAUUAACGGAGCAUCCAGAGGUUUCUCUCGAGUGGACGCCAAUGUGGACGGUCCUGUUUGCAGGAGAGGAUGUUACAUUCAGCUGCAGAGUCGAGGGAGAUUCCCAGAUGAAGACGUUUCGGUGGUUCGUGGCAGCAGCAAACAAUUCGAAACAAACUCUGUCCUGUGAAAACACCCCAAGCUGUCCAGUGACGUUUUCUGACAAGAACCAGAGCGGCCUGUACUGGUGUGAGACGGAAUUAGGAGAGAGACGCAGCAAAGCGGUGGACUUCACCGUGACGGCAGACAUGGUGGCUCUGCAGACUCCUCCACUGCCACUCACGGAAGGAGACAACGUGACGUUCGGCUGCCGCACUCAGAACCCGACAAAGUACACGGCUAAAGUGUUUCAUGAAGACCAGGAGAUGUUGCCAUCUGGAGGGUACUUCCCGGUUGAAAAGGAGCACGAGGGACGAUACAAAUGCGCUGUGUUCUCUGAUCAGACCCUGCUGAACUCAUCUGAGGAGCUCCACAUCCCAGUCCGAGAUUUCUUCUCCAGCGUUACCCUCAGCGUCUUUCCAGGGCUCUUUGUGUCUGAAGGGCAGACGGUUAAUCUGACGUGUGAGGCACUGAAGAACAGUUUCCUCGAUCUCCCCGUCAAUUACAGCUUUCUUCACGAAGGGGUCUUGAUAUCAGCUGGCACAGAUGCCGUUUACAGCUUGUCCAAUGUGAAGAUGAACUCCUUUGGGACGUACAGCUGCAUUGCUUCAAGUGAGCAUGGAAUCGCUAAGGAGAGUGCGGUGCUGAAGAUUCGCCUGGCACGUGACUGGAGCCCCAUCAUAAGGUACGCCAUUGGGAGCGUUUUGCUGCUUUGCCUGAUCGGAGUGAUGACUUUGAUUCACAUCAGGACGACGGAGGCCUCUGAUGCCAGUCUUGUAGUGAAUCCAAGAAGAACUCCAGCCUGAAACCGUCAUUACAGCAGCCCAGGGUCUCCUUCCUUUGUCCUACCAGUGGAUUGAUUGAUGGAGCUUCGAUGUCAAAUUGCAGGUUUAGGAAUCUUAUGUUCACAGCAUCAGUUAUCGACUCCAAUCUGGCAAUUCAACAUGGCUGUCUGUGGUCUUAUGUCCUUACGUCUGCCAACUGUUACAAAGUGACUGUACACUCACAUUACAAUUGACGUGUGGUGACAUUGGUGUCUUUAUAAAAAGUGUCGUGUGCCAGCGCUGACCAUCAGUGACUGCUGAACGUGGUGCCAUAUGAUUGGCUUCUAUUUCUCAAACCAAUAAACAGGCCUGGCUUACCCGAGGUGUCCUUUGGAGACUUGACAGGCACUGCCAGGCGCUCUCUUUCAGUCGUUCCGCAAUUUUGGUUUCAUAGUUCUUUUCAUAAAAAGGCUUGCAGAGUUCUCACUGUACUGAUUUCUUCCCCUUUCUUGGUUUAGAAAAGCAAUUUUUGGACGCUCCGUGUUCUGAAAAGGAAUUCCUUAAGUGCGCAGUUAAGUUAAUUAAGUCAUUUGGCAGUCCAGUCCACAGCAGGACAUGUCGCACCCCGAGUUGGGCUGUGGAUCUCCUUUACUAACAUAAAGCAAUAAAUUCAGUUGGGGUUUUAACUCCGGAUACCCCGUUUAGCGCAGGUAAGGAGAUAACGUUUGAAAUGAAAGCCGUAAGAAGACCCCGCUGACAGGUACUGUGAAGCCGCGACACAGACAGGCAGAGACAGCCCUUCCAGCACAACACACACCUUUAUUCUUCCGUGGGGAAGCGCUUUUCUAUUUGCACGUUUCAUACAUCAUCAAUAGUCAGAGCACAGUCCUUCCGCCUCCAGUCCUCCACACAGGUUUUGUCCUUCUUCCUCCCAACUCUGGCCCCCCAGUACAGGCGACUGGCUCCAGGUCCUUCAUUAGGGGAUUACUCCCUGGAGCGGUGGAUGAAGCCCAAUGUAGGGCUCUGCAGCUCCCACAGCUCCCCUUGGCAGCAUCCCUGGAACCCAGCAGGGCUGAGCUGACCAAUACCAAGUCCCAUGAAGCUCU